AUGAUCACUCCCCGCCUCUACCGCCGCCGAAUCACCUGGGUAGCAUCCCUGGUCGCCCUCUUCCUCCUCUACCACUUCUUCUCUCUCCGCUCCGACCUCGACGCCCCCGCCGUAGCCGCCAGGACCAAGACCUCCCAGAACGCCAACGCCAGUCCGAAUGCAAACGCCAAUUCCAACACCAACCAAAAGCCCAACGCAAAUAAUGGCGAGAAGGAACAGGACCGUCCAAUCUGUCCACCCCUUCCCGGCAUGGAAGAUGUCCUUGUCGUCCUCAAAACAGGCGUCACAGAAGCCCUCGACAAAGUCCCCGUGCACUUCCAAACAACCCUCCGCUGCAUCCCUAACUACGUGAUCUUCUCCGACCACGACGAGGAAAUUGCCGGUGUCCGCGUCCACGAUGCCCUCCGCAACAUGCCCGACGAAAACCUCAAGCAGUCCAUCCCGGACUUCAACAUCUACAACCGCAUCCGCGCGAUGGGCCGCGCUGGUCUCGCGCAGGAGGACUUCUCGGAUGUCGCGAACUCCGCGCUGGGAAAGCCGGAUAACCCCGGGUGGAAGCUGGAUAAGUGGAAGUUCCUGCCGAUGGCGAUGGGGACGUACAAGCACAAGAGCGAUGCGAAGUGGUAUGUGUUUAUGGAGGCGGAUACGUAUUUCGUCUGGGGCAGUUUGCUGGCGUGGCUGGAGCAUUUCAAUCCCGAGGAUCCGUUGUAUAUUGGCACCGAGACGCAGAUUGCGGAUGUCAUCUUCGCGCACGGGGGUUCUGGGUUCAUCGUCUCGAAUCCCGCCAUGAAGCGCGUUGUCGACGAGUACUCGGUCAAGUCGAAUGAGAUCCAUGCCUACACGGCCGGCCACUGGGCGGGCGACUGUGUGCUGGGCAAGAUCCUGCUGGACGUCGGUGUUCCGCUGCACUUCUCGUGGCCUAUGUUGCAGAACACGGCUGUCGCGGAGCUAGACGAGUUCUCGCCGGACUUCUACCGUCGGCCGUGGUGUUACCCUGCCGUGGCGUUCCAUCACUUGUCUGCGCUGGAUAUCCAGAGUCUUUGGGAAUUCGAGCAGAAGCGCUACAAAGAGUCCCGCAAAACCCUCCUCCUCCACGGUGACGUCUUCAAAGAACGUAUCUACCCCGAACUCUCCUCCGACCGCUCCUACUGGGACAACCUCUCCACCGAAGAACACUCCGUCGCCAUCGACACCUACGAAGACUGUCAGGCGCUCUGCGCGACGGCCCCGCAAUGCGCACAGUUCACUUUCCGCGCUGGACGAUGCUACACGAAUAAGACGCCGAAAAUGGGACAUUCGAGUGCGGAUGCUAGUUCGGGGUGGAUUAUGAAGAGGGUCGAUGCGAUGUUGGCUUCGGCACCUAAGUGUCGGAGGCCGGAUUUUGGUUGA